AUGAUUCUUAAAAUUUUAAUAUUGGGGGCCGGUUACGGAACUCGACUUCAGCGAGACAUUCUCCAAGAUGCUAGUCAAAAAUAUUCACAUCUUCUUGGAAUUCCAAAAGCCUUAUUACCAGUAGGAGGCCAAGAUGCAUUAAUUACACAUUGGCUUCAAAUAUUUAAAACCACUAAUAUUGACAUUGCAUCCUCAGUCUAUGUGGUAACCAAUAACCCCUCAUACCAAAGUUUUAUAUCAUGGGCUGAUAAAAAUGGAAUUCCGAGAUCGAAUAUUGUAAAUGAUAAAAGUACAUGUAACGAAAAUCGGCUAGGUGCUGUAGCUGAUCUACUAUUUGGAUUAAAUUAUUUUAAACUAUUUGAUAACGAUUUGCUUAUAGUUGGUGGAGACACAUUGUUCUUAAGAGAUUUUAACUUUAAUAAAUUAUUAGACAAAUUUUCGACAUUUAAUGAUGGAUGUUUAGUGACAACAUAUACCAUUCCUAAGAACGAAAUCAGUAAAUAUGGUAUCUUAACAAUUAAUAAAUUAAAUGAUAAUGGAUUAUUUGAAGUUACAGAUUUUUUAGAGAAACCGAAUCCAGAAUCAACAAAUUCCUGUAAUGCUUGUCCAUGCUUUUAUUUUUUAAAAAGUGAAGCUCUGCCUUUAAUAGAAGAAUUUCUUAAAGAAGCAGAAUUAAAGGGUGCCAAACUUGAAGACAAAGAUGCUACAGGAAAAUUUUUGGCUUGGGUUAUUAAAGGAAAACAUUUUAAAUUUUAUGCUGUACAAGUUAAUGGGAGAAUUGAUGUGGGCGACUUGAAAAGUUAUGUGGAAGCAAAAAAAUAUUACGGGGAUUAG